AAUAGCAUAUAAAUUUCCAGACGCGCUACAACAAGUCUACAAGCCUUCAUCUGUUACUUAGCUAGUUGAACUCGAUCAAAUUUCUCCAUAUCCUGCGCGCAACAUCCGUACCGACAGGAGAGCGAGCGACCAAUCAUGGAGGCAGCUGCGAUCUCCACCAGCCCAUCGUUCUCUGCUGCACCACCCACGCGCCCGGACGCGCCGGCGUCGCACAACGGCGGCGGCAGCAGCGGGAGGAUCUCCCGUCUACCGGCGCGCGUCGCCGGCGCGGUGGUUCGCGGCCUGGUCACCUUCGUCUUCGCCGCAGUGGGCACGGUUCUUGGGGCCAUCACGGGCGCGCUGAUCGGCCUGGCGACGGAGAGCGGCCUGGUGCGCGGCGCCGGCGUCGGGGCCAUCUCCGGCGCCGUGGUUUCCAUGGAGGUCGUCGAGUCGUUCAUGGCCAUCUGGUGCUCCCACGAGUCGGGGAUCUGGAGCGUUCUCUACGUGCUUGAUGUGAUCUGGAGCCUCCUCACCGGCCGCCUCGUGCGCGAGAAGGUGGACCCUGCCGUGCAGAACGCCGUGGACAGUCAGAUCAACGCGGUGGACUCGCCGUUCAGGGAGAUGGCGCCGACGUUGGCGGACAUGUUCGAGACGGGCACCGUCGUCGCCGCCGCCAAGGGCAUGCCCGCGGCCGCCAUCGAGGCGCUCCCGGCGAUGAGGUUCACCGAGCACACCGCCGUUGACGACUGCGGGGAGCGGACCGGCUGCUCCGUCUGCCUUGGGGACUUCGAGGCCGGCGAGACCGCGCGGAGCUUGCCGGAGUGCGGGCACACGUUCCACCUGCCGUGCAUCGACGCUUGGCUGCUCCGGCACGCAUCGUGCCCGUUGUGCCGGCGCACGGUCUAGGCCGUUGCGCUUGCGCGCGCUCUUCGUCAGGAUAUCUUCGGCGAGCGUGUGCAUGCACACGUGCGCGCGCGCGUGCAUGGGUUGUUAACACGGGCUGACAUGUACAUCUUCGUUCUUUCAUGCCUUGAUUGUUCAUUUCUUGGCCGUUUUGAGAAGGCGCAGAUAGAUACUUAGCUUGCAUGUGGACCAUACAUAUGCCAUGGUUGUAAAUAUGUAUAGAGAUGAAUGUUGUAAAGAAACAAUCCAUGUAACAUUGAGAUUUUUUUCAUUGUUCACUAGUGUAUACUCCACCGGUCAAAAAAUACAAGAUGCAACAUUUAUUAUUAA